AUGUCCUGGAGACAAGUCAUCCUCCUGUCAUCUCUCUUGGCCAUGGUGCUCCUGUGUAUGCUACAAGAGGGGACCAGUGCUUCUGUGGGCAGCAGACAGGCACCUGGAGAAGAGGCACAGGAAGGUAUGAAACAGAAGAUUUUCAUGCAAGAAUCUGAUGCCUCCAAUUUCCUCAAGAGGCGUGGCAAGCGGUCUCCCAAAUCCCAAAAUGAAGUCAAUGCGGAAAACAGACAGAAACUUCGGGAUGAUGAGCUGCGGAGAGAGUAUUAUGAAGAACAAAGGAAUGAAUUUGAGAACUUUGUGGAGGAACAGAGAGAUGAGCAGGAAGAAAGGACCAGGGAGGCAGUGGAGCAGUGGCGACAGUGGCAUUAUGAUGGCCUGUACCCUUCUUACCUCUACAACCGCCAUCACGUCUGA